AUGUGGCCGGGGGGCGGGAGGCGGGAGAGAGGGGGUGGCUGCUGCCGCCCGGGGAGAGCCGGGAGUCUUUUCCACGUUUGCAAAGGCCGCCGCACAUCCAGGCCCGACCCGCGCCGCCCGAGCUCCGUGCGCCCUCGCGGCUCCCAGCCGCGCCCCCUCCUCUCCUCGACUCCGAUGGCGAUCAGGGCCCGGAGUUGGCGGCCCCCGCCGCCGCCGCUGCUCCUGCUGCUUCUCUGGGUGACCGGGCAGGCGGCCCCUGUGGCGGGCCUGGGGCUGGGUUCGGACUCGGAGCUGCAGAUCGAGCGGCGCUUCGUGCCCGAGGAGUGUCCGCGCACCGUGCGCAGCGGCGACUUCGUGCGCUACCACUACGUGGGGACGUUCCCCGACGGCCAAAAGUUCGACUCCAGCUAUGACAGAGACUCCACUUUCAACGUGUUCGUGGGAAAAGGACAGCUGAUAGCAGGGAUGGAUCAAGCUCUGGUUGGGAUGUGUGUAAAUGAGAGGCGGUUUGUGAAGAUCCCUCCAAAGCUGGCCUAUGGAAGUGACGGCGUUUCUGGUGUGAUCCCCCCAGAUUCAGUGCUUCAUUUUGAUGUACUUCUGAUGGAUAUUUGGAAUUCGGAAGAUCAGGUUCAGAUUCACACUUAUUUCAAGCCUCCCAGUUGCCCUCGGACCAUCCAGGUAUCUGAUUUUGUAAGAUACCACUACAACGGAACGUUCUUGGAUGGGACACUGUUUGAUUCGAGUCACAAUCGCAUGAAAACAUAUGACACCUAUGUGGGAAUUGGCUGGCUGAUUCCUGGAAUGGAUAAAGGGCUGUUGGGGAUGUGUGUGGGAGAAAAACGCAUCAUCACCAUUCCUCCUUUCUUGGCCUAUGGAGAAGAUGGAGACGGGAAAGACAUUCCUGGUCAGGCAUCUCUGGUGUUUGAUGUUGCGUUAUUGGACCUCCAUAACCCUAAGGAUGGCAUUUCCAUUGAGAAUAAAGUAGUGCCUGAAAACUGUGAGCGGCGAAGUCAAAGCGGGGACUUUCUCAGGUAUCAUUACAACGGCACACUCCUGGACGGCACAUUCUUUGAUUCCAGCUACUCGCGGAACCGCACUUUUGACACGUACAUUGGGCAGGGCUAUGUGAUUCCCGGGAUUGAUGAAGGUUUACUUGGUGUCUGCAUCGGAGAGAAGCGGAGGAUCGUGGUCCCCCCUCACCUGGGGUAUGGUGAGGAAGGAAGAGGGAACAUCCCUGGCUCAGCCGUGCUGGUGUUUGACAUCCACGUGAUUGACUUUCACAACCCGUCAGACUCCAUCAGCAUCACCUCCCACUACAAGCCCCCUGACUGCUCAGUGCUGAGUAAAAAAGGGGAUUACCUCAAGUAUCACUAUAAUGCCUCACUUCUGGACGGGACCCUGCUGGAUUCCACGUGGAAUUUAGGCAAAACGUAUAACAUUGUUUUAGGAUCUGGACAGGUCGUGUUGGGAAUGGAUAUGGGUCUCAGAGAGAUGUGCGUUGGAGAGAAGCGGACUGUGAUCAUUCCGCCCCACCUGGGCUACGGCGAGGCUGGCGUGGAUGGAGAAGUGCCCGGCAGUGCCGUGCUGGUGUUUGACAUCGAGCUGCUGGAGCUCGUGGCUGGCCUGCCAGAGGGGUACAUGUUCGUAUGGAACGGUGAGGUGUCAGCCAACCUCUUUGAAGAGAUUGACAAGGAUGGUGAUGGAGAAGUCCUCCUGGAAGAGUUCUCAGAGUACAUUCAUGCCCAGGUGGCAUCUGGAAAAGGGAAACUCGCUCCUGGAUUUGAUGCUGAGAUGAUCGUGAAGAAUAUGUUCACCAACCAGGACCGAAAUGGAGAUGGGAAGGUCACGGCUGAGGAAUUUAAACUCAAAGACCAGGAGACAAAACACGAUGAACUCUAAACCUGACAUGAGCCACUUGCAUGAUACCAAGCCCCCUGUUGUGGCAGAAUGUGCACUGAGGGUGCGAGGGUCUCUCAGAAGGGGAAUGGUCAGCAAGUAGUAGGUGGGUCACAUAGCACCUGGGACGUGCAUUGGGGUGGGUUGAUAUACAUGGUGAGAAUUUUAGGCUGAUGCCAGUGAUACUAAAUAAAAUCAGUUCAGGGACCUUAGCAUGGGUGGUGUAGAACAUUGAAAAUGCUGCAUUGUCAGCUAUUGUUUUGUGAGCCUUCUGGGUAGGUGGUUUGUUAUUAAAGGAAAAUAGCAUCAUACAGAAGUUGUAAUCAUCUUGGAGGGAACAGAGGAAAAUGUGUCUGGGAUAUCUACAUAAAGAGGAUUAAAAAUGUUAACUUGCUGGUGUUUUCAAAAUGUUCUCCAGGUGGCUAGAAAAGAGAGGGCAGGCCCCAUCAGCAUUCCCAGAUAGCCCCAGGAAACUUCUUAGCAGUCUGUACGAGACCUGGUAAUGCCCAGUCUCCACCAUGCCUAUACACACACACACACACACACACACACACACACCUGGUAAUGCCCAGUCUCCACCAUGCCUACACACACACACACACAC